AUGGCUGAUAUAGGAACUGCAAAGUACCAGAAUAAACGGAUUAAGCUUGCGGGUCCCCAGAAACUUAAGUACUACUGUCAAGUAUGUCAGAAACAAUGUCGUGAUAGUAAUGGGUUUAAGAACCAUGUGAACAGUCCAAGUCAUAUGGGGAAGGUAUCAGAUAUGGAUAUGGGAUCUGUUGAAGACUACCUGAAACAGUUUUCUACUGAUUUUCUAAGGUUAUUAAGAUUAAACCACGGCACAAAGAAGAUCAAUGCCAAUCGUUUUUAUCAAGAAUUCAUUCUUGAUAAAGAGCAUGUUCAUAUGAACGCCACCAAAUGGAAUUCAUUAACUGCAUUUGUUAAGUACUUGGGCCGAGAGGGACUUGUCAAAGUUGAAAAUAGUGAGUUUGAAAAUGAAUUUGCUUUAGAGAUAAGUUAUAUUGAUAAAGCAGCUUUAAUACGAGAUGGAGAAUCAAAGAAACAAAAGGUGGCUCAUUCUCAAAAGGAUGAUGAAGUCACUGUCCGAUUAUUACAGAAACGUAAAGAAAUAGGGAAGAGAAACUUGGAACAAUAUGAAAAAGAAAAUAAAGCGAAUGAUGAUGUUAAAAGCAAAUCGAACGACUUACCAGUUAAACCAGUGAAGAUAUCUUUAGCAUUGAAGAAAAGGAAGUUAGAGAAACGCUCACUCUUUGGAGGAGAAGACGAUUAA